AUGUCAUUGGGGGCAUUUGCACAAACAGUCGACAACCUUCACCCUUCAUCUCAACGAAACCAGAAUCUUCAUAACCUCUAUCACCAGCCUUCAUCUUCACAACAGAACACAGGCACCUCUUAUAGAGCAACUAAAAAUUCCAACAACUGGAACUCAAAAAUGACACAUAGGCUACACGGUCUCACCCAACCACCAUCAAGUUUCAGCUCCACCCUGCCACAGUCGUCAUCCUCUACCGAAAGACCCUCAAUCGCGCCUCAAGUCCAUCCCAAAGUUCAUGUAAGCGUCUUGCCCUCUUCCCAUUUAUGUUUUAAUUCCCAAUUUUUCCUCCACCGUCGACGGGAUGAAGGGGUGGGAGCUUGUAUCUAUGGAAAUGGAGACGUCGGCGAACUCUAA